GAAGAUGAAGAAGACAAAAAAGGUGUAAAAGAUAUAGUACCCUACACCAGAAGUCCCCAUGAUGCCAAACAACCAAAACCCACUAUAUUUGAAGCCUUUAGCACAUACUACAUUCCAGAAGAACCCUUUAAAGAUAGUUUAUUUUACUUCAAAGAAGAACCUGACUUGGAAAUCUUUUUUCAAAACCUUGCUGCCAUAUGUGACACUUUUGUUGGAAUAGUAGUUAAAAAGAAUAAAAAGAAAGUGUUGGAACAGUAUUCAAAAGCUGCUGAAGACAAAAAUCUUGAUGGACCAGAAUGUUGA